AUCCGUCCCGCAUGAGAUACCCCUCUCGUCGCCCGUCCAACGAUUAGCACUAAUCACUGGUGCACACCACUCGGUGCUUUCGUUGCGACUGGAUCGACUUCGAUACCCCCCUACUUUGACCCUGAUUCUGAGACGACAAUUCGAACACUCUUUCUGUCCUGACAUUCCUUGAAACCCACCGCUUGCAACUUGAAUCCGAACAUGGCGGGCACACUACCAGUCCGCCCACUAAAUUUCCAGAGGAGGCCAGAGGGGGACCCGCAGGACUUCUCGUCGUCCACAGCUUCCCUCCUUCCGCCUGCUUCUCCGCGCUCAGACAGACCUGAUCCUCGUCCUACAUUCGCCCAGGGGCCCCGCUCGCUCAGGAGCAUGUCUAGCACCACUUCCCUGAAUCACUCAUCAUACAGCGCCGUCACUGAUGAGAAAGAACGCUCCGGCACCGCCCGCUUCGUCGACACCUUCCACUCGCACUCGGACCCGAACGUCUGGGGCGCACACCUCUUCUCCAACCAGCCCGAGCCGGACGACUUCCUGCACAACCCCGACCCAAGACGGGACCACUCCUGGGAUCGCGGCGGGACGCUGUUUACUGGGCGGGGAAUAGUAAAUUUGGGGUGUUUGGCGCUGUUGGCGCUCGGGCUAAUUGCACUGUUCGCGGGGUAUCCAAUCACCACCUAUUUCACGACGCACAACCUCAACGGCCUAUUUCGGACCAACGCCACCGGCCAGGUUCCGAGCAUGUCGGGCAACUGGGGCCUUAUAGAUCUCGACACACCCAAGGAGUCGUACACAAAAACCGCGCUGCGCGACGGGAGCGAAUGGACGCUAGUAUUUAGCGACGAGUUCAAUGUGGACGGGCGGACGUUCUUCCCUGGGGACGAUCCGUAUUGGGAGGCGGUUGAUCUGCAUUACUGGCAGACGGGAGACAUGGAGUGGUAUCACCCCGACGCGAUCACCACGAAGGACGGUGCGCUGCACGUCACGCUCAAGCCGCACAAGAUCAAGGGCAUGGAUUAUAUGGGCGGGAUGAUGUCUACGUGGAACAAGUUUUGUUUCACGGGCGGGCGGUUCGAGGCCUCCGUCAGUCUGCCCGGGGUCAACAACGUGAUUGGACUGUGGCCGGCAAUAUGGACUAUGGGAAACUUAGGGAGGGCUGGAUACGGGGCCAGCUUGGAGGGCAUGUGGCCGUACUCUUACGACGCGUGCGAUGUCGGCACGGUCAAGAACCAGUCAAUCAACGGCGUGCCCCCCGCAAUCAGCACUGUCGACCCGACGAAGCCCGGCCCACUCUCGUACCUCCCGGGGCAGAAGCUGUCAAGGUGUACAUGCCCCGGAGAGACACACCCCGGCCCGAUGCACUCGGACAACACGUACGUGGGUAGGAGCGCGCCCGAGAUCGAUAUGUUUGAGGCACAGAUUGGGCCGCUUUUUGAUGGUGCGCCGUCGGUAGGGCAGGUGUCGCAAUCGUGCCAGUGGGCGCCUUUCGAUGCGAACUACAAGUGGCAGAACACCUCGGACAAUUUCAAGGUUGUGGACAAGACGAUCACAAUUCAGAAUACGUACGGGGGCGGGAUAUAUCAGCAGGCUACGUCCGCGAUCACGCAAACAAAUCAGGAGUGCUAUGAAGGCAAUGGUGACUGUUUUUCUACUUAUGGGUUUGAGUACAAGCCUGGCUUCGAUGACGCCUAUAUAACAUGGAUCACAGACGAUAAAGAGGCAUGGACGCUGGAGGUAGGCGGAGUGGGCGCCAACCCCGAGACGCAAAUCUCCGCGCGGCCCAUCCCGCAGGAGCCCAUGUACAUGAUCAUCAACCUGGGGAUGUCCACGUCCUUCACCGGUACUGUCGAUGUGGAGAAUAUGCCCUGGCCGGUGACGAUGAAGGUCGACUGGAUCCGGGUCUACCAGCCGAAGGACAAGAUCAACGUCGGGUGUGAUCCGGAGGAUUUCCCGACGCAGAGUUAUAUCAAUGCGUUCAUGGAGGCUUAUACUAACCCUAACCUUACCACGUGGACCGAUGACUUUGGGCAGUCCUUCCCGAAGAAUAGUCUGAUUGACCAGUGCUGAUCAUGAUAGAUGCUCUUCAUCUGUUUCUCGCACGCUCUUGGAUCUGCUAGAGGCAGCCCGUUCACUCCUUUCGUCCCACGGUGCUUUCGAGUCCAAGUUACCGUCACUAGGGUUCGCCUUGACCACUGCCGUGGUUGUUCUAUAACUUUUUAUUAUUCAAAUGCUGUAUCUGUACGUCGGGUGGGUUGUUUUGCUUUCGUUGGAUUAUAGUUUGUGCUACUAUGUUAUUAUUAUCUGGAGGAAGGUUGGACGGGCUCAGUGUGACAAGUGACCAUUUAUCCCGAUCCCGCG